AUGGAAAGAAGAGCAACUACUUCUGAGAUGAGCUUUGUUCACGAUGAAGGCUUAUCUCACAAACCAAUCUUUGGCUACAACCAUAAUGAUCUGAGAGACAGAAGAGAGGCUUCUGAUACUCAUCCUCACCACUUUCUUGCUCGUUAUACCAUUGUUGAUGAUUCCUCUGAGCUAAGUAUUUUUGAUGCAAAGAAGUAUUUCAAUGAGGUUUCAACCAACAACCUUGUGACGAGUAUUGACCCGAUGUUGAUGUUGAAAGGACAAUCUAUAGAUCAGGAUUCGGAUAAGGAUUCAGAAUUAUCUAGAUCCAAACCUUGGACUUGUGGUGGUGUUACUCCUCCGUCAUCCGUGGUAGCUUCUAAAUUCUCUCCUAUUGUUGCCUCCAUUGAUGGGUAUCGUCAGAGUUAUCGAGCUCGAUCUUUUCACUCUACUACACCGACCGCCUCGUCGGAGGCUAGUUGGAACAGCCAAACAGGGUUGCUCUCAAACCCUCCUGGAGCAAUUUUUGUAUCGGUUUUGCACGGUGAUUCUAGUCCUCAUUUGCAAAAGAAAACUCGAAAGCCACCGAUGUCAUCAUCUAUAACAGGAAGAUGGAUUUUUGGAAGCUCUAAAUGUCCUUGCAUUGGGAAGAAGUCAAUUCAAGUUCAUGAGUCUAAAGUGAUAUUAGACCCAAAAGCACGUCCUUAUAUCAAUAACAACAAUACUACCAAAGACAAAGAUAAAGACAAUUUUUCUGAAUCAGAGUCUUCGACGUCGUCAAAGAAAACUUCUAGUGACAACACAAUGUUUUUGCAACAUUCAGAUAACGUGAUUUGGAGCACUCAAAAAUGUGUUCCUCCAAAUUUGCUUCUUCAAGGACCCACAACGCAACGUGUAAUAGCUUCUACUAGCUUCUCUUUUCCCAUCUUGAAAAACAAGUCCAACAGCAACAAUGAAGAUCAUUUUUCAAUCAGAUCCAUAAACCCUAUUUUAAUCCAAGACCCACCUCGAGAUUCUCUAGAAGUUUUCAAACCGAGCUCUGUCAAAGAUGGCAAUGGUGAUAACGACCUAAAAUCACGAAUACUAGCCAACGUUGCAGCAACUGGUGGCAACGCCACCAUCAUCAGUGACAUCGAUGACAUGGCCAGUGAUGCUAGCUCAGACCUUUUCGAAAUCGAAAGUUUCUCCACUCAAACCGCUAGCACCACCACCAUCUCGUACUCCAACAUGUUCCACCGACGAGACUCAAUGGAACUAGAAGCUAGAAGACUAGGGUUGAAUGCAGCGACCACACAUUGUAGUCUUGAUGAGCCAAUGACGCCAUCGAGCGAUUGGUAUGAGCCAAGUGAAGCAAGCAUCGAUUGGAGUGUCACGACGGCUGAAGGCUUUGAUCGGGCGAGCAUCGCCAACAUGUCAGAGGUCGAGGAGCCUUGGACCGAGAAAAACAACAUUAAUAAAAAUAACAACCACAGAAGAAGAUCAUCAUCGGGAAACGGGUUGCUGAGUUGUCGGUCGGAGAAGGCGGUGAGUGUGGGCCCACAGCCGGUGACGAAGCAUGUGGGGAGUAGGCCACCAUUGGGGAAGAAGCCACCAACACCACUAGCAAGGUCUAGUUCAGCUCGCCACUCUCUUACUUUUGCUGCCUGA